GAAGUGACGCUCUCCGCAGGCGCCGGCCGCCGAGCUCGGGUAGCGGCGGGAGCGGCCGCGGGGGGGCCCCGCUCGGAGCCGCGGCACGAUCGUGCCCGGAGGGUCCGUGUCCGUCCCCGUCCCCCCGCCCCGGCCAUGGCCGCGCCCGCGAACGCGCAGAGCGCCACCAAGACGUGGGAGCUGAGCCUGUACGAGCUGCACCGCACCCCGCAGGAGGCGAUCAUGGACGGGACGGAGAUCGCGGUGUCCCCGCGCAGCCUGCACAGCGAGCUCAUGUGCCCCAUCUGCCUGGACAUGCUCAAGAACACCAUGACCACCAAGGAGUGUCUGCACCGCUUCUGCUCCGACUGCAUCGUCACCGCGCUGCGCAGCGGGAACAAGGAAUGCCCGACGUGCCGCAAGAAGCUGGUUUCCAAACGCUCCCUGCGGCCGGAUCCCAACUUCGACGCUUUGAUCUCCAAGAUCUACCCGAGCCGGGAUGAGUACGAGGCGCACCAGGACCGCGUCCUGGCCAAGCUCAGCCGCCUGCACAACCAGCAGGCCCUGAGCAGCAGCAUCGAGGAGGGCCUCAAGAUGCAGGCCAUGCACAGGGCGCAGCGGGUGCGGAAGCUGCAGCAGGAGUCGGACAACGCCACGUUCAGCGGGGGGGAGGACAACUGCGACGCGCGCUCGCACCUCAGCAGCGCCUCUGCCGCGGGGCACCCCGAGGCGGGCCCGUCCCGCAAACGCUCCCGCGCCUCCGACGACUCCGGCGCCGAGCCCGAGCCCGAGCCCGGCCCCGAGGGCGGCGGCGGCGGCGGCGGCGGCGGUGGCGGCGGCGGCGGCGGCAGCCCCGAGCCCGGCCCCGAGCCCGGCGCCAGCGAGAUCGAGCUGGUGUUCAGGCCGCACCCCCUGCUGGUGGAGAAGGGCGAGUACUCGCAGACACGGUACGUGAAGACCACGUCCAACGCCACCGUGGACCAUCUCUCCAAGUACCUGGCGCUGCGCAUCGCGCUGGAGGAGGCGCCGGGCGCCGAGGCGGCCGCGGGGCUGCAGGAGGUCAGCGAGAAGCAAUACACCAUCUACAUCCCCACCAGCACCGGCGCCUUCACGACCCUCAAUGGCUCCCUCACGCUGGAGCUGGUCAAUGAGAAGUACUGGAAGGUCAGCAAACCCCUGGAGCUCUACUACGCGCCCACCAAGGAGCAGAAGUAGGGGGGGUGUGUGCAAAGGACACCCCCAGGACCACAAACAGCCCCCCCCGGACACCCCCAGGACCAGGAAGAUCCCCCUUGGGGUCCCCCCAAAGCGAAUGGGGGGAUGCUGAGGGGGUCCCAAAGGUGUUGCCAUGGCACUGGGGGGGGGCGGUGGGUCCCUAAGGUGUUGCCAUGGCACCGGGGGGAUGCUGGGGGGGUCCCAAAGGUGUUGCCAUGGCACUGGGGGGGGCAGUGGAUCCCUAAGGUGUUGCCAUGGCACCGGGGGGAUACUGGGGGGGGGAUAUGGGGCAUGGGGGGGGGUUCCCCAGUGCCCUACAGAGGGUAAAGUGCCCCCCCCCCCCCCAAGGGAAGGGGGACCCCCCCCAGUUUAAAAGGGGAAGGGGGUAGUUGUGUCCUGCUCCCCCCCAUAUCUGUACUGGGAAAGGGGGGGAAUGGGAUGUUCCCUCUAUAUCCAUACGGGGGGGAGGGGGCGGUUACAAAACUCCAUAGGAUUUGGGGUGUCCCACCCCCAGUUUGGGACUGGGGGGGGGGGGCCCAAAAGGGGUUUUGGUGCCCCCCACCAUCCUCUUUCCCCCCCAUAGCAUCAAUGGGACAGCACCUUCUGCCCUUCACCCCCUGCCCAAAGGGGGGGACAUCAGGUUGUCACCACACGGGGGGGACACCCCCCACCCCUUUGACCCCCAAAACCCCCCUUGGAUCCCCCUGAAACCCCACUUUAACCCCCCCACAACCCCCCUUCGACCCCCCCCAUUCCACAAUAAAGCAUCACUUGGGUGCCCUGUGGUA